GCAAAACAGGAACUAUCUUCUUGUUUAAAAGGACUUACUUUUUUGGAAUUCCAUCUUCUCUUCUAGCAAAAAGAUCAACUGAUCAUCUUUCCUUUAUCAAUCUUCAAAAAUACCAACUGAAUCUUUUGGGUUGAUAGUUUGUUGAUACACAAGAUCCUAAUAUUCAGUAUUUGGCAAGCUCACAUUGCAACAAAAAGCGUUUUUUGGGCUUGCAGUCUUGAGGUGUUGAAGAGAGGCUGCGACAAGGGCGAUAGGAAUCCGAAUGCGAUUCAGAUUCUUUCCUGGGUUUAUACGUACGGCAACUGGGGCUUCAAGUUCCAGUUGAGUCGCUGUGGGUCAUGCUUAACUUCAGACGAAAUCGGGGGAGCAAAGAAUGCAAUGAAGGCUUACCGGAAUUUGGAGUUAGUCGGCGACUGGUUCUUCCUUUUCCUCCUGUAGCAGUCCCACUUUUCUGUUGUUAUACUGGAGAUGGAUUUGACUAAGGGUUCAGGGAAGAGUUCAAUGCAACAAUUCCGGAAAGCUGACCCCUGGCAUCAGAAAUCGGGUACCCAAUCUAGAAGACGAGAACUGGCAGAAAGUCAAAGUCCAAAUGUUUUAAGUACUGGACAGAGUGGAAACUGCAUCUUAGAUCAGCAGCCACCUCCAACUGAAGAUAAAAGCACUGCUCCUGUAUUGCCUGCUAGUUCAGCACCAAUAUGUCGGCAAUUUUGGAAAGCUGGAAACUAUGAUGAGGGGCUCACUUCUAAAUCUGUAAUCCAAAAUGGAAGUAGUUAUUUACAUAUUCACCCCAAGUUCCUACAUUCCAAUGCCACUUCACAUAAAUGGGCCUUUGGUGCCAUAGCAGAGUUGCUUGACAAUGCUGUUGAUGAGGUACAAAAUGGGGCCACCUUGGUCAUUGUAGACAGGAUCUCAAAUCCAAAGGACGGAAAUCCAGCAUUGUUAAUUCAAGAUGAUGGUGGUGGAAUGGACCCAAAAACAAUGCGACAUUGUUUGAGUUUUGGAUUUUCAGCCAAGAAAUCGAAGUCGGCAAUUGGACAGUAUGGAAAUGGCUUCAAGACCAGCUCAAUGAGACUUGGGGCGGAUGUUAUUGUCUUCAGCCGCUGUUUGAAAGAAAGGACGUUAAUGCAAAGUAUUGGUCUUCUCUCAUAUACAUUUUUGACUCAAACCGGCCAUGACAGAAUAGUAGUUCCCAUGCUGGAUUAUGUGCGUAAUGCAACUACUGGCACUUGGGAAACCUUACAUCAGUUUGGUGAAGGACAUUUCAUGUCUAAUCUCUCGAUGCUGUUGCAGUGGUCUCCAUAUUCAACAGAAGCAGAGCUUCUGAAACAACUUGAUGCCAUUGGUAAUCAUGGAACAAGAAUCAUCAUCUAUAAUUUAUGGUUAAAGGAUGAUGGUUCAUUGGAGCUAGAUUUCAACUCAGAUCUUGAGGAUAUUUGUUUAAGUGGGGAUGCCAAACUUGAGGACAAAGGUGUAAAUCGAAUGGCAAUAAAUGAGAGUCACAUGGCAAAUCGAUACCAGUAUUCCCUUCGUGUAUAUUUGUCCAUCUUGUACUUGCAAAGACCUGAAAGUUUCAGCAUAGUUUUGCGCGGGCGAGUUGUUGAGUAUCAUAAUAUAGCUGCCGAUCUCAAAUUUCCAGAGUUCAUCUUGUACAAACCUCAAAGUGGUGGAUAUGUGGAGGGCAAAGUUGUCACAGCAAUAGGGUUUUUGAAGGAAGCCCCACAUGUUAAUAUCCAUGGAUUUAAUGUCUACCACAAGAAUCGUUUAAUACUGCCAUUUUGGAAGGUUGUGAGCUACAGUGACAGCAGAGGCAGAGGCGUUGUUGGUGUUCUGGAAGCAAACUUUAUUGAGCCUACCCACAAUAAGCAAGAUUUUGAGAAAACUUCUGUUUUUCAAAAGCUUGAGAACCGCUUGAAAGAAAUGACAUGGGACUACUGGGACACACAUUGUAGACUCCUAGGGUACCGGGUUACGAAAAAGUCUCGAGCAACAACCACCUCAGUGGAGUCAGCCAGUGGUCAACCAUCCAAUAUUAAACAGCAGCCUGUGAUGAAUAAUAAAGUUAUUCUUACUACGUUAAGGGAAGCAGAAGGUGUAGCUCUUCGGUACCCAUUGCCGGCUUCCUCCAAUUGCAUAGAAGGAAGCCCUAGAGAAUCAUUAUCCAACUCUCAAGGGAAUCAUGGACAAGUAGAGCAAUUAAAAAGGAAAGUUGCCCAUCAUAUAACAGAGCCUGAAAAUAUGAAAAGGAGGGCAGGUGGUGUUGAUGUACCUACCAAUCAGGAAAUACAGGUGGAAGAUCAGGAAGUCAAAAACCUUUUGCAAGAAAACAAGAGGCUCCGAGAACAAUGCUUGGAAAAUGAGAAGAGGGUGGAAAAACUUAAUCUCAAGGUCAAACUGCUUCGAACUGAAAUAGAAGAUGCAGAUCAGGAGUAUGCACGUCUGUUGGCUGAACUACAAUUGUUGGACAAAUCCAAGGAUGAACCCAAUGAUGCUCCGUAGGCCUCCUAAACAGUAGACAUCAAUGCUCUCGCGCUGGCUCGUGUUUGUAUCAUAUCAUGGUGGUGGUAGUAGUAGUGGUGGCGGCGGCUCCCUCAUUCUGCCAUGGCAUGAUGAGGUGUGUGUAGAAGCGGUUGUAAUUUAAAGUAACAACUUAAUUGAUACUAAAUUUUGGAAUGAAUUUAUUGUUGUUCGUUUACAUAUAACUAAAAAAUAGAUUAGAUAACACUAAAACUGCCAUCCAUUUCUAUUGCCUUUUAAUGUGCCUUUUUUCUUAUUUCUCGUUUAA